AUGGAUAUCAGUUUUACUUCAGAACAGAAUUCUACAAUAAAAUUUGUACGAGGUAAUAAGAGAAAAUUAAACACCACGCAAGACCCCGAACGAUCUGGCAUUGGUGCUGAAGAUAAACAUUCGGAAGAUCUAUUAAUCAAUGAUAACAUCAAUGAACAUACAGUUACUGAAUGUUUAAAGUCACGUUUUAUGGCCGAUCAAAUUUACACAUAUGCAGGCACAACAUUACUGGCAAUCAAUCCUUGUAAACCGUUAAAAAUCUAUGAAAUCGAAAAUAUCGUAAAAUAUAGCAGAACCAGGCUCGAUACUUUACCGCCGCAUAUAUUCGCCAUUGCACAAUCAGCAUUACAUUCCUUAAGAUGCACACAAGAAAAUCAAUGCUAUAUUAUUGCAGGUGACACGGGAUCAGGCAAAACUGAAGCUACAAGAAACAUCUUACAAUAUUUAUGCACGCUAUCUAGUUUCGAUAGCACCGGCUGGAUGGAUUCUUUAAUACUAGAAGCGUUAAUGAUUACGGAAGCAUUUGGAAAUGCAAAAACUUCUUUAUCACCAAAUGCUAGUCGCCGAAGCACCUAUAUGCGAUUGUACUACAAUGAUAAAACAUUUAUAUGUGGAUGCAAGUUUGAUACGUUUCAGUUAGAAACUAAUCGAUUGGUGCAUCAACCUAUUGGAGAAAGAAAUUUUAAUAUAUUCUACUACUUACUGGGAGCAAGUACAUUAAAUACUGACGUUAAGAAACUAUAUAAUAUCGAUACUCAAUUCAACUACAAUCUACUUUGCGAUCAAGAACAAGUCGAAGUUGGAGAUGACGAAAAUCAAAAAUUUUCAAAGCUACGAUUAGCUAUGAACUUACUCUCGAUUUCACCAGAAACCGUUGACUGCAUUUUUCGAAUCCUCUCUGCAAUAUUAUCAAUGACUAAUUUUGAAUUCGAGGAUGUCAACGGUGAAGCAUGUCGCUUAACUUACCAAGAUUUAGAUUUAAUUGAAAAGAUAGCGCACCUGCUAGGGAUUUCUCAAGAGGCCGUUGCUAAAUUGAUAACAAUAAAGCAAUUACGUAUUAGGGGUGUACUAACUGAUUACCCAUUGACAAUAGAAGAGGCUAAAUCUAAUUGUCGUCUUUUAGCGAAGUUAUUAUAUGAAAAGAUCUUUAACUGGGUAAUCGAUAAAGUUAAUGCUGUACUGGCACCCCCUUCAGCUUCAUCAUUAUAUAUAGGAAUUCUAGAUAUCAGUGGAUUUGAGGCAGCAGAUAAAAAUACUUUCCAACAGCUUUGUACUAAUUAUAUCAAUGAAAAACUGCACAAUUAUAUCAUCAACGACACAUUCAUCAAUGCGCAGCAGGCGUAUGCGAAUGAAGAAGUUGAUGCUUGCGUCCCUAACGUUUACAAUAACAUUGCCUGCUUAUCAAUGAUAGAAUCAACGGAAGAAAAUUCGAUCAUAUCUACGCUACAUGUGGAAACUGUUUACAGAAGAUGGGCUAAAGAGCCGAAUACAUCUUAUGUGUUGAAGCAGCAUAAAGCUCUAGAAAAGAACAAAUAUUACGUCAAAAAUAAGGACAGGCGUUAUUGGAAGCAAAAAUUUGGAAUAGAACAUUAUAACGGCCGCGUACUUUAUAGUGUUGACUCAUUUUUACAGAGUAAUAAAUUAUUGCAAAAUCAGAUACUCUUUGAUACUAUGAGAGACUCGACACAGCCUUUACUUCAAGAGUUUGGUAUUUCUGAGGUAGGGGAAAAGGUUGAUAAUUUAACAGGACAACUUAACGGAACGAGCAUCGGAAGUCCUAAAAUAAACAGUGGCGAAUUGGAUGACAUCAGCUCCAGAACUAGCGAACAUUCGUCAAAAACUGAUGAUACAACUGGCUUUAGUGAUGACAAGACGUCUACUGACGAUUGUAGAGAUGAUAAAAGCGAGAAAGAGGAAUAUAUCCAACCAGAAAGUAACAAAACGAAAUUAUCCAAAAGAAGAAACAUGUGGUAUAAUCAUCCUAGUACUCAAAAGUUAUGGAAAAUAUCUUAUGGCACUAAUAGAAUCAACAAGAGUGCCAUGGAAAUAAGUGCUAAUUCCCGUACAAACGGAGAUGUCUCCCAAGACUCUAACCAAGUCGAAAAGAAAUCCAAUGACAAGCUCAAGCGAUCAUAUAUCAGUAUGCUACGAAACAAAAUCGAUGAACUGUUUUUAGACAUCAAUAGCUGUAAUCGAUGGUAUAUCAGAUGCUUAAAGCCCAAUUUGUCAUUAAACCCGGAAACUUACGAUGAGGCACUUGUAACAGAGCAAUUACGAUACUCAGACCUAAUCAGUAUAAUUUUAUUUAAGAAACAGGGUUAUCCAAUAUAUUUUGAAUUUAAGAGUUUCUUAGAACAGUUUCGUUGUUUGGUUUCUACCAAAGAGUCGAAUACACCUUCAUCAGAUUUAAAAGCAGCUUGUGUUGCAUUACUGGAUUUGUUACCAGUGGAUAAGUCAGAUUGGUUGUGUGGUAGAACGAAGAUAUUCCUACGACAAUCUGCUUUUGAUUCAUUAGAAGAUAGCCGUAAAGCGUUAUUCAUGGAAAAAGUAGUGACUGUACAAAGACUUUGCCGCGGGAUGUACCACUGGAAGCGUUACUUGAAGAAAAGACAAGCUGCUGUUAUGCUGCAAAAGCACCUUAAAGGAAGAAAAGAUAGAAUAGCAUUUCUAAAAAAGAAGAAAGCAGCUAUAGUUAUUCAGUCUUACUGGAGAGGAGCGUUUGCUCGGGAACUGGCAAAGGAAAUCAGGUACAGGAGACAGCAAGCAGAGGAAGAAAAGAAAAGAAAACAACUAGAUGAAGAUUCCACAGACUUGAUGAAACAGAUCAUUGUCAAGCCAGAGAAAGAAGAGGAUCAUGAAGCUAUUACUGAAAGGCGUGCACAACGGGAGUUGUAUACUUUGAUAAGAAUGGCAGAAUUAAAUUGCAAACCUAAUGGCAAAACAUCAUUGGAAGAUCUGAUUAAGUUUAUAAAAGGCCAAAACAAUUACUAUCAUCACAAAAUUAAAGCACGUCGUGAUAUGCAAGAGAAAUUAGUUCAAAUUUACAAAGAAAUGGAUGUUAUUUUUAAUCAAGAUACCAAAGAAGAAGUGUUACCGAAAGCUACAGGAUCGAUAUCAGAGCAGCGAAGAAAUCGUAUUAAGAAAGCUGUUGAUAAACUGGAACGAAAGACUAAAUCUCAGCCAAAUCAUAGAUUCCCACCUGGAUCUGCACAUAAUAAUCCAGCUACGAAUGAAGGAGAUUACAGUCUUGUUGAAUUCGCAAGAUUAUACUUUAAUGAUCAUAAUAAAGAUAGCAACCACAAAGCCUCGGGAAAGAAAACAUUAAAGAGGAGUGGUACAACAUCGCGUGAAGAAUUACUAAAGUAUACAUCAUCAAAUACUAUUCAUAUGUCUCAUAUUCAUAUCCACGAUAGAGAAAGUGAAAGAUUAGCAUGUUCAAUUUUUAAGGAUUUAAAUGUAUACUUGCACCCUGAAACGUCUGAAGAACACUCUUGUGAAGUAGUACAACGCAUUGUUGGCCAUGGUAUCAAUAAUAGCGAACUUAGAGAUGAGAUCUAUGUACAGAUUAUCAGGCAAGGAACAGAAAAUCCUAAAUCUGGUUCUAGUUUAAAAGGCUGGUGUCUUAUGGCUUUAUGUGCAGUAGCAUUUCCGCCUAGCAAAUUGUUUAGUAAGUAUUUGGUCCAAUAUUUAAAAUCGAGUAUGGAUAACGUCUUUAUUGGUCACUAUGCUUCAUGGUGCAAGGAUGUACUUCGCCAAACUAAAAUUGGUGCUCGUCGGCAUUCUCCAUCGAAGAUUGAAUUUCGGGCUGUGCAAUCGCUUAGUCCAUUAAUGUGUCAAUUUUACUUAAUGGACUGCAAAUCUGUAGUCAUUGAGUAUGAACUGUAUCAUACAGCCUCCGAUGUCACUAAGUUGUUAGCCAAAGCCAUAGGAUUACAGAAUUAUGACGGUUGGGCUUUGUACGAGUCCACGCCUGACGCUGAUAGCUACAUCAGAGGACAUGAAUUUCUGGUUGAUGUACUAGCUCAAUGGGAAAUAGAUAAUCGUACGUCAGCUAUCAUGAGGAACUAUAAUACACAGACGAAAGAGAGACCAGUGGAAGUAUUAGGCGCUGGAGACGCUCGAUUUAUUCUAAGAAAAAGAAUAUUUCUAAAUCCUAAAGCAUUACCACAAGACCUGGUUGAACAUCAUUUAAUAUAUGCUCAAGCUGUGCAUGACAUUAUAAAGGAGGAUAAAUUUCCAAUCACUAAUAAAGUAGCCUUUCAAUUAGCUGGCCUGCAAGCUCAAGUCUGUUAUGGAGACUACGUAUCAUCUAGAAAGGACAGGUAUACUCAACCUUUCGAUUUCCUAAGUUCGAGAAUAAUAGAAAACAGCAAUGCUCAACGUAUGGAGGAUAUCUCUAAAGCAAUAGCACAAGCGCAUAAGGAUUAUGGUUAUGGAUUAUCAGAAAUACAAGCAAAAGUUAUUUAUUUAACUUGCAUUAAACAGUAUCAACUUUACGGAGCGACCCUAUUCGAAGUUACCUAUAAGGGAUUCUGGAUGUACCCUAAUCAUAUUUAUUUGGCCGUGGACCACAUCGGUUUCAAAUUCGUGAACUAUCACAAAAAAGAAAUAUUAGCUUCGUACCCAUACUCUGCAUUAGAUCAUAUUGGCAUAGAUUUCGAACAUAGUGUACUGACCUUAAAUGUUAUCACCCAGGAAAACGAUCAUCGGUGUUUUAUGUUUGAAACAAAUCAUAAGGACUGUAUCGCGAGUUUAAUCGUUAGCUAUUCUCCUACACAUAACAACUGGCUACAUGUUCAAGGGGGUCAGAAGUUGAUAAAGGGUCAUGUUAAUAAAGAAAGUAGAGUUAAAUCAAAUGAAGCAAUAAUUUCAUCAAGACGUGCUCUAGCUAAUAGUGGACUAUUAAGAAAAUUUUACGAUAAACCUGGACUGGUUGCCGGCUCUAUAACGCGUUUUGCAAGAAAAUUUGAUAAGCAUUAUGGUAUUCCUGAUGAAAAACUCUUUAAAUCAUCGUUUUGGACCUUUUCAAAAAUUCCGAUUAAAAAUUCAUUAACGAAACUGAGCAACGCUAAAGGAAACCUAGGGGAUGUUCCACGUGAUGAAAUAGCUUUAGAAAUGUUUAGCGAGAUUUUGGCAUUUGGAAAUCCAGGACAUGCUAGUAGACGUUCGAGUCUAAUAGAAGCAGGACGAUUAACGCCCGAUAGUAACAACGAAAACGGUUCAAAUCGUGUUCAACUUCAGGCUAGAGAAAAUGAGCACGAGUUGCUAGCUCAGCAACUUUUAAAUGCUAUUAUAGCCGAUAACGAAUUAUGUAAUGAAUUUUAUUUGCAAAUCAUUAAACAAACUACAGAUCAUCCAGAUCCUACUAGUCGCGUUAACACACGGAAUUGGCAACUCCUAUCGGCAGCUGUUUGGACAGCACUUUCAUCUAACAAACUAAUUUUAGAUUUGCUAUCGGCACAUCUUAAUAAAUAUAUGCUGGAAGCCAAUACGGACCAGGGAAAAUAUGCGCAAUUUUGCUUGAAGGGACUAGCACGUGUUAGAGAGAAAAAGAAUCGUAAAUUUGCGCCAUCGAUUAAAGAAAUUAAGUGCCUGAUCCGAAGACGGCCAAUGCAUGCACGAUUUUACUUUAUGGACGGUGAAUUUAGAGCAUUGGAAUUUGAUUCUGUUACAACAAUAGAUGAAAUUACCGAAUUAAUAAAAAGGAGAAUUGGUCUACUGCCAUCAGCCUUUGGCUUCUCUCUAUACGAAUGUCGGAAUAGUCUUGAGAGAAGUAUCAACGAUAGUGAAAAAGUUGCCGAUGUCCUAUCAAAAUGGGACCUGUACUCACGUGUGGAAAAUGAUACGACAGAAGUAAAAUUAACAUUUAAGAAACGGUUAUACGUUGGUAAUGGUACAUUCUAUGAUCCUGAAGAUCGUGUUGAAUUUGAUCUCUUAAUACAUCAGGCUUCAAGCGAUAUCAUUAACGACAAAUAUCCUCUGUAUUACGAGGAAGCGGUUUUUCUAUGUGCAUUACGUGCACAGGCUGAGUUAGGCGACUGCGAAGAUGAUCUAGAUGAGAAUAUGAGACCGUCUUGGGUUGGUCCAGAAAUUGAAGUGACCGCUGAUUAUGGUCCUAUCGUCAGACGAAGUCUUCCUCGAUAUCUGCAUCAUAAAAUUAAAUUUAUUGAUGUUAAGCGAUUGCAUCGUACACUUGUUGACAAAGAUCGUGAUUCAAUAUUCAAAUUGUACAUGGAGUUUGUUAAAACUACAUGGAGUUUAUAUGGAUCCACCGUGUUCGAUGUAACGCAAACGUACACUUCGGAGUUGCCAAAGACCUUAUGGCUAGCGGUAUCACACAGUGGUGUGUAUGUUCUAAUUAGAAGGGCUAAAGAGCCUCGAUUUAGUUUUAGUUACAGUGAGCUAGUGAGUUACAAGCCAUCACUGACUAGUCUUAUGCUUAUAGCCGGAAGUUUAACUAACGGUAGAAAAUUCGUCUUUAAUACCAAUGAAGCGGUUCAAAUUGCUCUCUUAAUAAGAGAUUAUACACAUUACAUAGUUGACCAAAAGAAACACAAAAGUGUUUGA